AGAAGUUAUGCUGCUAGGUAUGGUGCCAGUAAGAUAAUUAUACUGCAGAUAUAUUAUUCGAACCGAUAGCUGACACUUAUGGUCUUGUAUCCUAGCCAAUCACACUGAUGCACGGCCCCUUGUCGAUUUGCAUGCGCCUCCUAUAAAGACGGCAGUGGAACGUUGUCCUUUCAAUCGACACUCGACAGACAUCAUGCCUGCUGACGUUGCCAAACCCGCUCCCAAGAAGGGCUCCAAGAAAGCCGUCUCCAAGACCGCAGUCAAGGGCGGCAAGAAGCGCCGAAAGACCAGGAAGGAGAGCUAUGCCAUUUAUGUGUACAAGGUGCUGAAGCAGGUCCACCCCGACACCGGCAUCUCCUCCAAGGCGAUGGGAAUCAUGAACUCCUUUGUCAACGACAUCUUUGAGCGCAUCGCUGGUGAGGCUUCUCGCCUUGCUCACUACAACAAGCGCUCCACCAUCACCUCCAGGGAGAUCCAGACCGCCGUCCGCCUGCUGCUCCCCGGUGAGCUGGCCAAGCACGCCGUGUCUGAGGGCACCAAGGCUGUGACCAAGUACACCAGCUCCAAGUAGACUCUACCACUUGAUCUCAAACAAACGGUCCUUUUAAGGACCACCCAACAAUACUACAAGAGCUCUCCUUUUUUUUUUUUUUGUAUUAUUCAAACUGAUUAAAAUCUGAAGCCUUGCGCAACUUUAUCAAGCCUGCGAGGAAAAAACUGUU